GAGUCUGGGCGCGGGCGCAGCGGCGGCGGGGCGGACGGAGCGGCGGACCGGGCGGCGGGAGCGGCGGGCCAGGCGGCCGGAGCGGCGGGCCGGGCCCGCGGAGCCGCCGGCAUGACGGGCCGCGUGUGCCGCGGCUGCGGCGGCACCGACAUCGAGCUGGAUGCGGCGCGCGGCGACGCCGUGUGCACCGGCUGCGGCUCGGUGCUCGAGGACAACAUCAUCGUGUCCGAGGUGCAGUUCGUGGAGAACAGCGGCGGCGGCUCGUCGGCCGUGGGCCAGUUCGUGUCGCUGGACGGUGCCGGCAAAGCCCCAUCCCUGGGCGGAGGCUUCCACGUGAACCUUGGAAAGGAGUCAAGAGCACAGACACUGCAGAACGGUACCCGGGCCCAGCUGCGGGCGGGGAGGGGGGAGGGCGGAGGCAGGGGGCCGGUCCCGCAGCCAGGCGAAACCCUGGUCAUCGGGGCCGCUCUGCAUCCACCACCUGGGGAGCCAGCUGCAGCUGAACCAGCACUGCCUGGACACGGCCUUCAACUUCUUCAAGAUGGCCGUGAGCAAGCACCUGACGCGCGGCCGGAAGAUGACCCACGUGAUCGCCGCCUGCCUCUACCUCAUAUGCUCCUGGACCUCAGCGACCUGCUCCAGGUGAACGUGUACGUGCUGGGGAAGACGUUCCUGCUGCUGGCGAGGGAGCUCUGCAUCAACGCGCCCGCCAUCGACCCCUGCCUCUACAUCCCGCGCUUCGCCCACCUGCUGGAGUUCGGCGAGAAGAACCACGAAGUGUCCAUGACGGCCCUGCGGCUCCUGCAGCGGAUGAAGCGGGACUGGAUGCACACGGGCCGGCGCCCCUCGGGCCUCUGCGGGGCAGCGCUGCUGGUGGCAGCCAGGAUGCACGACUUUCGGAGGACGGUCAAAGAGGUCAUCAGCGUGGUCAAGGUGUGCGAGUCCACGCUGAGGAAGAGGCUCACGGAAUUUGAAGACACGCCCACCAGUCAGCUGACCGUGGACGAGUUCAUGAAGAUCGACCUGGAGGAGGAGUGUGACCCCCCGUCGUACACAGCUGGCCAGCGGAAGCUGCGGGCGAAGCAGCUGGAGCAAGUCCUGUCGCGGAAACUGGAGGAGGUCGAAGGGGAGAUCUCCAGCUACCAGGACGAGAUCGAGACGGAGCUGGAGAACAGCCGGCCCAAGGCCAAGGGGGCGCUGGCCAGCCUGGCGAGGGACGGCGCCGCCGAGGACAGCACGGCCAGCUUGUUUGGCGAGGAGGAUGCUGAGGACGAGGAGCUGGAGGCCGCGGCCAGCCACCUGAACAAGGACUUCUACCGGGAGCUGCUGGGCGGUGGCGUUGCCGGCGGCGCAGAGGCCACGGGCAGCCCCAGCGGGAGCGGCCAGCCGCCCGCCCUGGAGUCCCUGCUCGGGCCCCUGCCCACCGCGGCCAGCCUGGGCAUCUCGGACUCCAUCCGGGAGUGCAUCUCCUCGCAGAGCCAGGAGCCCAAAGACGCUUCUGGGGACGGCGAGCUGGACCUCAGCGGCAUCGACGACCUGGAGAUCGACAGGUACAUCCUGAACGAGGCGGAGGCCCGCGUGAAGGCUGAGCUGUGGAUGCGGGAGAACGCCGAGUACCUGCGGGAGCAGAGGGAGAAGGAGGCCCGCAUCGCCAAGGAGAAGGAGCUGGGCAUCUACAAGGAGCAGAAGCCCAAGAAGCCGUGCAAGCGCAAGGAGCCGAUCCAGGCGAGCACGGCCGGCGAGGCCAUCGAGAAGAUGCUGGAGCAGAAGCGCAUCUCCAGCAAGAUCAACUACAGCGUGCUGCGCGACCUGGACAGCAAGGCCGGGGCGGCGCGGCCGGACGCCGGGCCCGAGGACAGGGCCGCGGCCCGGAGGCUGCCGCGGAGGAAGAAGCCGGCCGGCAGGAGCGGGGCCGACUCCGCGGCCAGCGUGGGCAAAAGGUUGAGGCCAAUGGUGUCCGCCCAGGCAGCUAAGAAGGCAGCUGUGGGAGAGACCCCGCCCCCCAACGCCCCCGCCCGCGGCUGUGCCCUGGGGAGGCCCGCGGACGUGCUGGUGGAGAGCGGGCCCGUGGCCUACCACCCCGAGGAGGACGCCGAGGAGGAGGACCCCGAUGCCGAGGAGGACGGGGAGCCCUGCGUCAGCGCCCUGCAGAUGAUGGGCGGCAGCGAUUACGGCUGUGACGGUGACGACGAUGACGGCGACGGCUACUGAGUGUGACCGCACGGCCGCGCCCGCGGUGGGCCCUGGCUCCUGAGGGUGUGAGCGUGGCCUCGCCUGCCCCGCAGCCUCAUCGUGGCCACGAGGGACGCCCCGCCCGGCGUUGUGCGGGCGCCAUGUUUGGAGCAGUGCACGGCGUGUGCCCUGCAGGGAGACCCGGAGGCUCGUCCGAGUGCGUGGAGGCUGGGUGGCUCCAGGACACGGCUGCUCGCCAUGCUCGCGGGCUGAGAAGCGCCGUGCUAGCCCUCUGCUCCAGCUGAGGUCUUCGGCUCCCUCCCGCGCCGGGCCUGCCACCCGGAGCUGCACGCCGAGCCCAGGCGCCUGAGCCAGGAGAGGUGGGCGCUCACAUCUGAGCAGGAUCUGGCCCGGCGUCCAGAGGGAGGGAAGGCGGGCGGGCGGGCGGCCCCCGAGCCUGGCCCUGCUCUGGAGCACUCCCCGGGGCCAGCCGGGCCAUGGGAGACCGGAGCCGACUGCCGAGGCCCCACCUCCCUGCUCCCCGGAGCGGUGGCCGCAGUGCAGACAGUGCACUGCCCUCUUGCCCGGCACCCUAUCUCCUGGCUGGGGUGCAGCAAAGGCUGCAAGCUGGGACGGAGGCCCGUGUCUGCGGACAGGGGGCUGGGAAGGAGUUCUGGCGCACAGGGCGGGCGUGCGCCGAAGCAGAAGUCGAGGUGAGGGGCCUGGUGAGGGACGCUGCCCGAGGUGAGGUGAGGAGCAGGUCCCAGAGUGGGGGACCCGCCCCAGGACACGGUGCUGACAGGUGCUGCGGGAGCCCCUGCUUUGGUGGUGGCUGACCCCAUGGUCAUGGUAAUGGGGCAGGGCCCCAGCGAGCAGCCGGCGGCUGGCAGGUGCCAGCAGGCUGUGGACAGCCCCCCAUGCAGGCCACUGCUACCACACCUGUGGGCCUGAGGGACACCUGCAGACUGCGUGCUCCUCCGUCCACAUCUGCAUGCCACCCUCUGACCCCAGGUGACCUCCACCAGGCCAGGGAGGGGGGAGGCCCAGCACUCACAUGCCGUCUGCACCUCUGCCCACGGCCAGGUCCCCCUGCUGCUGCCGGAGUGAUCUGGGGCACCCCUCCAGCAGUGGCUCUGAGCAUCCUCCUGGGGGCGGCAUAGGACACCCCGUCUCAGCCCUGCUGGGUGGGCUGCAGGGUAGGCAUUGCCAGGGCUCGGAGCGGGACAGCAGGACGAGGCCUGACCCUUGCUGAGCAGAGGCCUGCUCUGAUGUUUCGGGGUCAAGGUCAGAGCAAGUGCUGGAGGUGACUUGGGCUCCACUUGGCUACUGGCAGGUCUCCAGUGAGGCCAAGAGGACUGGGGCUUGAGUGACAGCCCAAGGUCACCAGCUGGGCCCACACUCCUGACUGUCCCCAGUCCCAGCAGGCCGCCGGGCCGAUGGCCACCAGGCUGAUGGCCGCCUGAUGCUACCAAGACUACAGAGGCCUCCGAGAGGCAAAAGGCCUGUCAGCCCCACCCCCACCCGCUGUCCAGCCUCCCCAAGACCAGCUGCCCCUCCCCGAGGCCCACCAGCAGGCUGCACCUCAGGCCCUCAGGGUCCCUGGUGCUCUAGGGGGGCAGAGGCUGAGUGGGGCUGGGGGCACACCUGACGGGUGCUACUUGGAGGGGGCCACAGAUCUGGGCUGGCAGCUGGCUCUGCUGCUGAGGGCCAUGGGCCCUGGGAGGGGUGUGGAGCGCUCCCUAACCCCCACCCUGAGGCUCAGGUGGAGGGGCCUCCCAGUGGCGGCUGCAGCGGACAGGGCUCCAGGGUCCCAGCGGGUCCACUCGAACUCACUCUGCUCGGACCCCCCGCAGAGGGACCAGUUCCCAGGGUCCCGCCCACAGGUCCUCCUUGGCGGCUGACCCAGGACAUCCUCACGCCGCUCCGCCCCUGGUGGCACCUCAGCGCAGCCUGGAGCCAGGAGCGGGCACUGACCCUCUGCCCAGGCUGGUCCCCACCCGACUUCCUGUCCCCAAGCCCCAACCCCAGUGCCCUGUACCUAACGACACCCCGUUCCCCGAGCAAUAAAAGCUACAACCUGC